AUGGAUUUCAGUGUCUGUCAGUGAUCGAGAUAGAAAACAUAAAUCUAGAAAGAUUAACAACGGAUUAGCAGUUGCUGUUUAGUAUAUAUCAGUAUCGAGCCAGCAGCAUGGUUUUAGCAAUCUUAUUCAUUGUUCUGCUAACAAUUCUCGGAUUGUAUUGUUCACCGGUACCCCAGACUGAAACAGAAAGCUUUGAUAGUGAUUCAUGGGACAGCAUUUCGAAACACUACGUAAAUUACGAUGAUCUGAUGUUUAGUAAAGAAUUAAAUCCGGAACCGGGAACCGAACCAGUCAUUCAAACAAUCGUGAAGAGAAGCUUAGUACAACUACCAGAUAAACUGGAACUAAAUCCUGUUCCACUGAUUACACAAUUCGAGGAUGAAAAUGACAUGGAAGUGGCCGAAUCGCAUCUAUUUCGGCCAGUGUUUCGAUACAAAUCGCAGUAUGCCGAGCGACGACGCGUGCGGCAGGUACCAUCACAGUUUGCAGCGCUUGUUGUUCAAUGAUGGAACCACGAGUAGCACCUAAGUGAUAUGUUCAUUUUUAGAACACAUUUGUAAAUUAUUCGCCAGAUAUCAUCGUUUGAUAAUAAAUGAUAUAAACAAAA